UGAUUUUCCCUACAUAUUGUUUGGCAACAAAAUAACGAAAUGUCGCUGGUGGCAGAUUAUAGCGAUUCCUCCGAAUCCGAUGAUGAGAGCAGCAGCCAAUCCUCUCAGGAAGAGAAGCCUACAGCCGCGCCGCCAGCAGAGAAGCCUCCUCCCAAAUUGCCCAGUGCGAGCCAAGCCCUUGCACAAGGAGCCUGCAAAGGCGAUGUGUUCAGCAAUCCUUUCCUGGAGGCGGAGCUCCACAAGACCGCUUCGCUGGAGCGACACGUGAAGAUGGUCGAGAACGAUGCCCAUCUGCAACUGAAGAACGGGCGCAAGAUUUGCUGGAACUUUAGGCGGGGACGUUGUCGCUUUGGCACCAGUUGCCAGUACGCCCAUGACUCCGACCUGUCUGUGGAUGAAGCAGCGGAUAAGAGUGCGGUACCGGAUCAAUCAGUGCCCGUGGUCCUGGAGGCUGCACCGGGGCAAUCCAACAGACGCAAGCGUCCCGGACUGGGCGAUGCCCUGGAGCCGGGCAAGCGGGUAAUGAAGUCAUACAAGCAGCACCAUGCGCAAAAUCCAUUUGCCCGCCGCUAA